AGAAGUUUUGUAAACAGGAAGUGACACGUUUUUCCAUCCUACAGUCGAGAGAAUAAUCUGGUUUUUCUGGGUAUAUUUUAGUGAAAAUAGUGAAACUAUCUUGUGUUCUCGGUACCAGAGGAGGUUGUGAGCUUUAGUGUUUGUUUAUAUCUGUCCUCUGUUGUCUGCUUUUGUCGGUAAUUCGUGAUUUCUUCCGUCAUGUCGGGUUCACUGACCUCAGGAGGAGGAAUGACGGACGCUCAGUUACUGCAGCAGAUGGCGCUGCUGCGCUGGCUGUCCUCUCAGUCCGAUGAGGACCGGAUGAUUUUGGCGACGGUGACGGGCGUCCAGGUCGCCAAAGAGCUGCUGAACCGCUUCACCGGACAGGACAAAGUGGACGCUUACAAGAGCGAGUGCAUCCUGAGCAUCUCAGAGUUCCUCCGUAAGAACCCGCGAGCCUCCCAGGGCGACAUCAACACCGAGGUCGGGAAAAGAGUUCUGGUGUUCGCCGCUCGGGUCAAAGCUCUGGAGACGGCUCCAAUAUUCUGAAUGAACGGCUCCACGUUGUGAUGUCACAGUGUCCGCUCAUCGUAUAUCGUUAUAAUUCAAUACUUUAUUAUAUAUGUAACAGUAUAUUUGUGUCAUUAUUCUGUUUAUGUUUUUAACUGAUUAACUGGUGUGUGGAUCAACAUUUUCCUUUCAGAAGAGAAGCACUGAUGUGUUUUCUUUUGUAAAUUCCACUUAAACAAGGCCUUAUGAAGUGUUUGUAUUUGUCAUUAUGAGGUUGAGUCUCUGUGUUCUCCUGUAUCGUUGCCUUAAAGCUGUGAGUUGAUCUGAACCCCUUCAAAAUAAAAGCUUCUGUACACAC